ACUGGGAAAACCAUAGCUUUAACUAUAUGGACCUUUGUCAGCAAGGUGAUGUCUCUGCUUUUUAAGAUGCUGUCUAGGUUUGUCAUCGUCCACUGCCAAAGGAUAAGAUAGCAGCAAAGACAAGAGUUAAUGCUCUUUCUAGAUUACUUUCCUAUGAAUAUUUGUUGUUCUUGUUUCUAUGCAAAAACUAAAAAUCACUUACCCUAAUAUCCUGCUGAUGCAAAUGCAAAUAAAACCCAUUAUUAGUAUAUCAAUAUUGCAGCCCAAGGAAAUGAGUAUUUUGAUUGAGAAAGCAUGGAUUUCAUCAGUUUUGCAAAGUGGUCCAGUACUAACAUUGCUGGUGUGUGGGGGUGGACUGAGAUAAAGUAGUUUUGCAGCAUAGUUCAGCAGUUGUCCAGGCCUUUGGUGUGCUGAGGGAUUUUUUUGAUGGGAGCAAUACAUUUGGGAGUUGUUAAAUUAAUUGCAGCAGUGACAUGGGGGUGAUUAACUGCUUUCCUAGCCAUGGGUGUGUGUGGCGGAAAUAGGAGUGAGUUGAUGCUUGUAUAAACACUUGAAUGCAUAUAGUCAUGUCAAAAUUACAAAUCCUUUUUGAGAGAGAGAGAGAGAGAGAGAGAGAGAGAGAGAAAGAAGGAUGGUCAUUUGGCCUGUGCUGAUAACAUUGCUGUAGUUAUAAUGAGUUAUAAAUAAGAAAUAACCACAACAAACGCUCUUAGGAUACACUGCUUGCUUUUAAACAAUUUAAUCUUGAAAUUCAUCCGGCUGUCUGAACCUUGGUUCCUGUAAAUCUAAAUCUCUUGAUUCCACUAUCUGAAAUACCAUGUCUGAUUUCGCACCGAAUAUAGUAUUGUCAGCCUAAGAUUGGUCGAUGAAAGCCCUACAAUAAGGUAAUUGGUUUACAACUCAUGAAACCUGAGUGCCCCACUCCCCAGUUUAGUCUUGGCAUCGGCUUUUGCGAUUUUAACAGCUUAUGUGACUAGCAGAAACACAAAAGGUGAAGCCUUUUUUGGUAUGGAAAUACAACUACAGUAUUGGAAAGCUUUAACUUUAUGUGUGUCAGACAUCUUAUUGCAUGUGUGUGGCCCCUGAUUUAUGUUUUAUUUCUACCCCACUUGCAAAAGAAGAUAGAAAUUUGCACAUGACACAAACAUAUAAAAUUUUGUGCAUUUUUUGGUGAGAUUGGGCCACGAAAAUCCUGUAGAGAAUGCUGAUGAUCAGUUUAUAUGUUUUUGUAUGUUGAUCUGGUUGAAAGACAGAAGAUUAUGCUACAGUCAAAUACUCCAGUUUUCAAAAGCCUUGAAUUUGUUGGAAAUGUGUCGCACAAUUUCUUUAUGAGAGUUGUUUUUCCUCACAUUUCUGGUAUUUCCCAACUAAUUAUACUAUGGGGAGUCUACCAAUUGUCAUUCCCAAAAGAAUGAUCCUGACGUAGAUGGACUUAAUUUCUUGGUGUUUCUUCCCCCCCCCCCAUUAUUUUUUUAUUUGAUUUUAAAAAGGGUAAACAUACAACAAAAAACAAUUCAAAAUCCAAAUAUUGAGAUUACUCUGAAUCUUCUGACUUCCCCCAUCCCUUCCAUGGGUCCUUAUGAUAAUAUUUACAACUGCAUAUCAAUACAACUUUUAAAUUAUCCAUACUUUCUGUUACUUUACAAGUGUGGUUAAAAUCCCGCCAAUGUUUUAACCUGCUUGCAAUGGUCUCGUAAAUAAAUAAUAAACUUUUCCCAUUCUUUUAAAAAGUUAUUCUCUUCCUGAUUUCUGAGCUUCCCAGUUAAUUUUGCCAUGCCAAAUUUCUUGUUGUUUCUAAUAAUCAGUGCAGAAACCUGCAAAACCAGGUUUCUAAACCGCAUGGGGAGUCUUCACAGGUAGAGGAUGUUUCGCAUUUCAAACAUCACCCUCUGAAUCUGGAAGAGCGACAGGCAUAGUGAAAUGGCAAUGGAGAUUGACACACUUCUCCCCACUUGUGUGUAAUGUUUGCAGAAGAGCAUGCCUGAAAAGGUAUUUAAUCAGCUUAGAAUCAGUUAGAAGAUACUGCUUAUUUUUUAAUGCAGCCUGUUAUUUAUCUCAUUCGAGUGGAGAAGGCUUCCUUCUUCAGACUUCACCUUCCAACUCAUGAAGAAUGGCGCACAUAGCAAUGCAGAGAGGUGGAGCUCAGUGUGCUUAUCCCACCAAUGCCGUCUUUACAUGAAAUCAGAACACCUGAAUAAAGUCUCUAAGGAAGACUGAGCAGCAUAGAGGCAGAAUCCCAUUAGCUGGUGUGCACCUGGCAUGGGACUCCAACACAUACUCAGAGCAAGUGGACAUGAUCAAAAUACAAAGCCACCCUAUUUUUAUCUUGUAUUCAAGUGUGGAGACAUGCACAAUCAAAAGGCAGUAAAAGUGUAUGUGCACUGUCUGCAAGGAUGCUUAGAAUUUCACGGGAAAGGGAAGAGAGGCCUAGAAUCCAGGUGUGGAGUCUCUUUUCCAGAGCUAGACAACUUUAGCACCUCUGCUUCCUCUCGUGUACUAAGCCAAAGUACAUGCAUGCUUCACUCCUUUCUACCGAAUGGAGAAAAAAACUUGAAGGGUAAGAGAUUUGGGGCUUUGGUGUUCAUUGCAGUGACACUGGAUGACAGCAGUCCUCAUGAAUGUCCACAACCAUCUUAAGUUGUCCUACUGUGCUGCUCCUCAGGGUGGGUGAGAAGGUAGAAUUAGGAACCUGAUUGCUCAGAGAAAGGACAAUUUAAGGCACUGGCAAAUCUGGGGUGUCUUACUCUCCCUCCCCCAUAUAAAGAAUUCGAGCAACUUUUAACCCCCUUUGUAUUGGUUCUUAUAUUGGUUGCCAACUUGAAUGGAGCCUUGCUAUUUUUCCAGGGCGAUUUCCUGCCUAGGAAAUGACUUGGAAUUGAUUUUUCUUUUUUUUAUCUUGAUACGCUCCGACUCUGAAGUAAUAUAAAAUCUUUGUCUAAUAAACGUAUAGCAAGGCUUUUGUGAGCCAUCAGAGUGCCGUGACAUUCUAGUGUAUUGAUUUUUGCACAGCCGAGGUGUGACAGAGUUAGGGGUAAUGGGACAACCGAGAAUUGGGAUCUGAAUUGUGCACCAGGACUAGCAACUGGCUUGACGGGCAUUUCAAAGCAACAGUGGUAACUGUAUUCUCUUGUUUCUUCUGCAUAAGCUUGAGAGGACUAGAUGAAAUUCUGUAUUACACUUCUUGAUACAGGUCCACACCAAACCCUUUUGUAGCCCUAAGGGAGAAUUAAUUUUACUGUCCUCCUGCAUUUUCUCACAUGCUAACAGAGAUGUAUGGGACCAAUUGUGAAUAGUCCUCAAAGCCUUCAUUAAUUUCACCCUCUACUUUCCCACUUGAAAUAUGUUAUCUUGCAUGGAGUGAGGGAAAAGGGGCUGCAUUCAGUCCCUGCUUGUGGACUUCCCAUAGGAAUCUGAUUGGCCACUGUAAGAACAGGGUGAUGGACUAGAUAGGCCAUUGGCUUAGUCCAAUAGGCUGUUCUAAUGUUUGUGUGUGUGCCUGAAAAAAAUUGGGAGACGAUUGUUCACCAUUUGUUCCAUCUACUUUUUCAGCUGAACAAGUCUUACUGAGUUUCAUGGUUUCCCACACAAAAUAAAAUCUUGAUUAUAUGAUUAUUAUGUGAGCAGUGGGGGGACCCGUUGGAUUUCAGCCAAACUAUACCUUUGCAAACUAAUCAUAGGUGUAGAGGAUUUAUGGACGUGAACCAAUCUGUCUUUGUCAGCUUUCAAUUUAUUGUAGUAUGUUCCUGACAUUUUGCAUGCUUGGAUGCUACCCUGACCUACAAAUGAAAAAAAGAAGAAGAAAAAGAAAUGCUUUCUAUAAUAUAGGGUUUUCCUCCCUGUUUUCUAACAGCAUAAGUAUUUUGCUUAAGCAGAUUUGCUAGAAAAUGACAGUUUUGAAAAAUUGGACACAGUGGUUGCUGGAAGCAUUUCAGUUCCAGGCAAUCUAAAUAGUGUAGAGGGGAUGAAAUAUCACUGUGUUUUAAAGAUGACAGUUUUGUCAAAGAUUCUUUUUCACUCUUUGGCUUAAAACAAAUUGAGUGAAUCAAGUACAUCUAUUUAAACCAUGUGUGCACUCAUCGAAGAAAGCACCACCUUGCAUAAGCCUUUCUGCUCAGCGCCCCAGUGAUGAAGCUGACUUAAUAAUUGUAAGACAGAAGACCAAAGAAUAUACUUUUCUUUUUUGUAAUUGCUAGUUCAACACAGCCUCAAAUCACAACAAAGUUCUGAGGGACAUAGUUAUGCCCUGCCUACCUGUGUAGAAUAUACUAAGUUUAGACUGUGUCUGCACUCCAGACUUAUAAAUGGAACCUGGAAAAAUAAAAUUUGCAGCGCAUCCUUAUAGCCAGCCAUGCUGUUUUCUAGAAUGUGAUGAGCUGUAAGGUAUUCAAACAGGAAGACACUCCAGUUCUCUGAGUGCCCAUUCUCUCAGGCACCCCAGAUUCAGCUACUAAGCAUGUUUGGAGAAGGGGUACUUGGUUAAAAAAAUUCACCAAACACUCCUUCAAACCUCAAGAGUUGCCCUCUGUUCAUAUUUCCGUCUUGUUUCUCAGUGCCUUAUUGCUGUCAGUACUCACUGCCUGUGCUUGCAAUUAGAAGUGAAACUAGUUUUACAAUCAUCCCAUCUCCCACAGGGAACCUGAAAGACAGUAUAACUUUGUGGAUUUCUAAUGGAGAGAUCUCAACACCCAAAGCACAGUUCCCAGGAUCUGAAGGUGGAGUAAACCAUGACAGUCUAAUUCAAAAGUGGCUCACCAUGUGGGAAGGAGCUCCUGCACUACCUUCCUGGCAGGUGGGUUGCAGUUGCUUACCUGGAAGGUGGUGAUGCUCAAGGUAGCAGGGAGGUUGGUGCUGUACAAAUGAGCCAGCAAGAGUGCCAUAUUGGCUCUGCUGGUGCACUUGCUGCUGCCAUGCCUUCCCAGUAAGCAACAGUGACCUGCAAGGAAGCUGGCAGCUCCAUCCCACCUAGUGAGCUGCUCCUAGAUUAAUUCAGGGAUGCUCAAUGGCCCAGGAAUAUAUGGAGAGACACAUGUUCCCCAUCCCUUGUUUAACUGACCUGGAUAAGUCCGCAGUGUAGAUUGAACACUCAGGACCUUUUGCCCACAGGUUUCUUUCUGCCACCAUUUGAAAACAGUGGACAUGAUUACACAAUAGUGCUCAUUAGCAGAGGCCAGGCUGCAAUAAUAAUAAUAAUAAUAAUAAUAAUAAUAAUAAUAGCCCACCCAUCUGGCUGGGUUUCCCCAGCCACUCUGGGUGACUCCCAACAAAAUACUAAACAGAAUAAAACUUCAAACAUAAGCAACUUCCCUAAACAGGGCUGCCUUCAGAUGUCUUCUAGGCCAACAUUUGUUAGUUCACAUCAGGGAUGGGUAAUCUUUUUCAGCCUGAGGACCAGGGGCAGUGGUGGGUGAGUGGGGCCGGAAACAGAAGUGGGAAGAGCAAUGGAUGCGAAUUUUACUUUUGUGCAGUACACAAGUUUCUACACAUGUUCGCAUAUCCCUCCUAUAUCCUCCAUCAAUGGAAGCAAGAAGCUUCACCAGAGUUCAAAACCACUUUGCAGGCAAGCAAAAACACCCAAGGAGGGUUAAAAGAGGACGUGUGAUGGAUGUGGCUUGGGGGAAGAGAAAGUCCUGAGGGCCAGAUACAGCAGCCUGGAAGACUGCAUUUGGCCUCUGAGCCAGAAGUUUCCCAUCCCUGGUUUGCAUGCUGCCUCUCUGCUAGUUUACAAUUUUAAAAUGCUAAAAGCAAACACACAACACAAAAUAUAGAAUAGCCGUGUUCUCUUAGGUUUGUGUCUAUAGUUGCUAUUUACAUGACCUCGCUGGCACGGGAUUGUCUUUUGCUUUCCCUUGGGGCACUGACAUAUAUUCAGGUUGUUUGGGAGAAAGUAUGGGAAGCACAAGGAGAAGGGGACGACAGAGGAUGAGAUGGUUGGACAGUGUUCUCGAAGCUACUAACAUGAGUUUGACCAAACUAUGGGAGGCAGUGGAAGACAGGAGUGCCUGGCGUGCUCUGGUCUAUGGGGUCACAAAGAGUCGGACAUGACUAAAAGACUAAACAACAGUGGGAAGGACUGCCAGUUAGUGGUGCAUUAUCAUCCCCAACAAAGUGGCAUGCUCUUGACAAAUGUUAGGACUUCUUCAUAGGUGCACUCACUCAACAUUUGUAGUGGUCCUCACCAAUGGUUUUUGACCCAGUUGAACAUUCUUAAUUGAGAAUUGAUAACAGUAUGAGAUGUGGUGAUGAUUUGAAAGCUGUGGUCCUACACACAAUGACACUUACAUGAAAUGACACUUAAAUGAAAUCAAUUGGACUGAGAAACCCUUUUAUUAAAAUGCUCUAGGACUUGUGCCACUGACUUCAGUAGGGGAUGGAUUGUGUUCUGUAUUGUAUCAAGCUCCCUUGUGAUUUUGACUCUAAAAUAAGCAAGGAUCCCGUAACUACAUCCAUAUAUUUUCCCUGCCUCGGUGUAUUUCAACAUUUAAAAUAAAUUGACAUUUAUAGGCAUGCAAUUAAAGCACUAUGCACAGUUUGGCCCAGUGCCAUCAUUUCAGAGUGAACAAUGUCUGUUGAAAACAUGGCAUUUCUGUAAUCAUUCUUAGAAUUAAUUUAAAAGUAAUUCUAGGUAUCCAAAGUUAAAAUAAUUAAGACUUCUCUUUUCCUUUCUUUUUUAAAUCUCACAUUAAGGAUCAUAAAAUCCAUUUCCAUAAACAAAAUGUUUGUAGAGAAUAAAAAGGCAAUUAUUUGCCUGCACAUAAAAUUCAUAUGAUAAUUCAGCAGAGUUUAAUUAAACCAGUACAUCACGCUAUAUUUAUAAGACAAAGGAAUAUCAAAUAAGUUUCUUCCCCCCCUUGUUAGGGGCCGUUGCAUUUCUCUUUGAUUAAAGACCUGAAAAUGUGUGGAAGAAACUUCAGCAUACUUUUCCUUCCAAGGGGGGGAAAAAGCCACCACUAAAAUUGUACAUCUUUAUUCUUUAAAUAAUAUAUUCUGUGCUACUCUUAUUCUACGGUCUCCCACAAGUCAUUUCCCUUGUCCGCCUUAAUGGAGUACAACUGCUCCACUGGAUUCUAUAAAAAUAGGGGGGGGGGGGAGGAAAUCCUUCAUUCACCCAAACCACUGUUUUCCAUGUUCUACACAUAAUAGUCACCAACUGGAUUGUAUGGUGUGCUGCACUGCCAACUUGGUGCUCUCAAGAUAUUGCUUGACUCCAACUCCCAUAAAUCCCCACCAGCAUGACCAGUAGUGAGGAAUUAUGGGAAUUGUCACCCAACCACUUCUGGAGGGCUCGAGCCAUGGCCACAAAGGGGUAUUACACAGCAAUCAAAUAUUGCAGUGGGAAUUCAACUCUAGAGGGAUUUCAAAUCUAGAGGGAGACACCUUUUCUUCCUUAGGACCUGUCCAAGCACAGAGGCAAGAUUUUUUUUUACCAGGUGCCUCUCUCUGAAAGUGGGAGUGUAGAAAAUAAGCACUCAAAGCUGAGGAGCCAGGCUAAGUCAGUCCUCUUUUAUCACAGCAAUACCCUUGUCUGGAAUCUCCUGAAGUUCCAGUUUCUCUGCGGUACAAGAAUGGGCAUGUAGCCAGGAGUGCCAAACACAUAAUUAGGCCAAGUCUCUGCCAGUGAAGCUAAGGGCAAUUGUACAGAGGAAGCUCAGGAACAGAGAAUUGUGGAGGACACUGGUUGAGCUCAGGGGUUCCUAGACCAGCUUCACUCUCUGAUUACAAAGGUUUACAAAAGAAUAGGGCGUGCUUAGAUGAUGAUUUCCAGGUUCCUUCUAAAAACAACAACUGUGGAUGGGGUGUGUCUAGGUUUAGGUGGCAUUCAAAAGUAUGUCCUAUAAAAGACCCUCAGAAUCUCUCAGAGCUCUCCAUACCCAAUCAAUAGAUGAUAAGUGUUGCUUUUAGAUUAGGAAUCAGAGGAUGUUUGGACUUUAACAAUUUCAGCAUGCCCCAUCCAAGUGAAUAGAAUAUGAUACGAGUGAGAUAAGCACCCAUCAGGAAAAAAAAUUCUAUGCCCAUGAGGUGGUAGGUAAUACUUUACAGGGUCUGGAAGCAAUAAAUGCAUUCUUUCUGCUGCUGCUUCCUAGCGUGUUUUUAAAUACAUUUACAAAUCAUUUAGUUCCAUGAAUAAUGCACUUCUCUGAAAAAUCACUUCCCUGGCAAUCUCCUGUGACCUUGAGUGUGUGCAAUGAAGACCUUACAUAGCAACAAAUUACAGUGGCAGAUACAAUUCCGGGCUGGUUAUAAGUUAGCCACUUAGGCUCCUUGAUAAAAUAGGUAAGAAAAUUGACACAGCACUUCUUUAUGCAAUUGCAUUUCAAAAAAUAUAUACAUUUGUGUCACUUUCCAUUUGGCAAUCUUGGCCUGUAACAUCAGCUUUCUUGUUUUCACUUCAGUGGGGGCUAGGUGACGGCUUUGUAUAAAUCACUGUCAUUUUAAGGAAACAUUUAGAGUUCCAGAUCAUAGCAGAAAAGCAGCCGGGAAUGUUUUCCGAGCACAGAAAAUAGCUAGCUAGCAUGCUUUUAAAGGGAGCAUUGUGGGUGAUGCUGGCUGCAAUGGCAUUUAAGGACAUUGCGGCUUACUGUGGACUUCCAGCUUCUCAUUAGUAUGGAGCAAAUGUAGUUGUGCUUGCCUCCAGCACCUCAUUUUCCUUUGGGAUAUGGUGGCAAAGUUUCAUUUCCAAGCAAUCCAGAGAAUGCUUGCAGCACAGUCCUCUGUUGGGCUGUGCCUUGAAGACAGUUUGGAAGCUGCAGCUUUGACAGAAUGUAGCAUCCCCUAAAGAGAAACUGGGAGGACGUAGCAUACGGCUUCAAUGUUUGGGCCAGCUGCACUGGCUACCAGUUGAGCGGUAGGCCUAUUUCGUAGUGUUGGUGCUCACCUCAGAGGCCUCUGUCAAGCAUGGAGGACGCUUUCCAGACUGAGACCCACAAUACCUUCUGGGCAACAUUCUAGGAGCCAUGUUGAUUGAUUGAUUGAUUGAUUGAUAUAUUGCCCUACAUCAUAAUAUCUCUUACAGUGGUUCACAGAAUAAAAUGAAGGAUAAAAACAAGUAAGUAAGUAAAACCAAACAACAAAGCAAUAAUCCCCUUCCCACAGACACAUUUAAAAUGCUGUGGAAUAUUAAUCAGUCAAAGGUGUGGUUGAAAAGGAAUAUUUCCACCUGGUGCCUAGUAUAUAUAUAUAUAUAUAUAUAUAUAUAUAUAUAUAUAUAUAUAUAAUGAAGGCACAAAGUGAACCUCCCUGAGGAGGUAAAGGGACCCCUGACCAAUAGGUCCAGUCGUGGCCGACUCUGGGAUUGCAGCACUCAUCUCGCUUUACUGGCCAAGGGAGCUGGCGUAUAGCUUCCGGGUCAUGACUAAGCGGCUUCUGGAGAACCAGAGCAGCGCACAGAAACGUCAUUUACCUUCCCGCCGGAGCGGUACCUAUUUAUCUACAUGCACUUUGACAUGCUUUCGAACUGUUAGGUUGGCAGGAGCAGGGACCGAGCAACGGGAGCUCACCCCGUCGCAGGGAUUUGAACCGCCAACCUUCUGAUCGGCAAGGCCUAGGCUCUGUGGUUUAACCCACAGCGCCACCCGCAUCCCUGAGGAGAGCAUUCCACAAAUGGGGAGCCACUGCAGAAGAGGCCCAUUCUUUUGUUGGUGCCCUCCAGACGUCAUAAGGCACAUGAAAAAGGGCCCCAGGUGAUAAACGCAGGACAGGACAGUUUAUAUGGGGAGAGGUGGUCCUUCAGGUAUUGCAGCUCUGAGCCAUUUAAGGCUUUAUAGGUCAAAACCAGCACUUACAGGUCAAAACCAACCAAUUGUGGGUAGGGCCAGGGGCAAAGUGGCUGGAGAUAUGUAAAGUAGGCCAGUUUCUAUGCACACUCACCACCCACUAUCCUCAAUCUUGGCAACCAGUAGUCAUUAUCUGAGUUCAAUUAUAUAUAUAUAUUCUAGGCAGGCAAAGGCAUUCAAGGUGUGUGUGAAACAAAGCCAGUGAGGGGCAUAGCCUAUAGAGAGGGUGGAUGGCUGAGGAGGAACUUCUAGACUGAAGAGAGCUCUGAAGACAAAACAGAGAGGCUUGGCCCCUGGGCCCGAGGUUCCUCAGCCUAGGUCAUCUAACCACUAGUGAAAGUAUGAGAUAUAAAUUUCCUUAAAUAGAAAGAUGAUUGGUUCUCUAGACCAUAUGGGAUGUUCUCUUCAAAAUAUACCUCACCAUGUGCUGAGAUCUUUUAGAGACACCUUGCUGUGUGUUUGUUCUUUCGCUGUGACAUUGAAUUGUUGAAUCAUUGACUUGUAGAGUGGCAAGGGACCCUGAGGAUCAUCUAGUCCAACCCCCUGCAAUGCAGGAAUAUGUGGCUGUCCCAUAAAGUGAUAAAACCUGCAAGCUUGGUGCUAUCAGCACCCACUCAAACCAUGAACCACAGAGGCGUGCCAUUUUAGUUGUGGCAGCUUUCCAUCUGCUCUCUCUCUCUUCUGGCAUUUACCUUUCCUUGCCAGCUUAACAGUGCAAUACUAUGUGUGUUUACUCAAAAGUAGGCCUUGUUUAGGACAAUGACACUUUCUCCCAUAUAGGUGCAUAUGGCAUUGCAGCCUUAAAAAAAAAUAUGUUCACAAAAGUGACAGCUAAUUAUCAUGAUCAGUUUUAUGUUGCUUUAUUGAUAUACUUUUAAAAAAUUAAUUAAUUUUAAAAAAAUGUUUUUAAUUCUUUCCUUCUGUCUUUGAUAUGUUUUUUGCAUAUACAACCGUAACUUUGAGCACUGAAGGUUGUAAAGAAAGCAACAGAUGCAGAAAUGUCAUUAAAUAAAUAGCUAACUAGCUACAGAGCUAGCAAUAAAUGAAACAGAACUAGUUGGAAACAUGAGAUGUGUGCGCUCUACUACUGUAGUAUGUGAUCGUAAGCAUAUUGAACCUGUAAGAAGUCCCACAAAAUUCAGAGCAGCAUUAAGAGCUAGUGUAAUAUUGGUGAAAGUUGCCAGUUCAAAUCCAGUUUCCUUGUAAACUCUUUGAAUUGCCUUAAGCAAGCUGCUCCCUUCAUCAACUUUCUCCUCCCACCCAGUAAUAUGAAAGAUAAUAAGGAAAAAUAAUUUUAGGCUUCCAUAAAGAGUGGUUAUUGUAAACAUGUACUUUAUAAGCUGAACACUUGAACACUGAGCACUUGAAACGUACCAUAUAAAUGCUCAGCAUUGUGUCUAGCAAUGCCAUUAAGAACCUGCAGCGUAGCAGUCUAAGUUUGUGACCUUGAACUGUAAAUAAUAGUGCUAAAAUGGGCUGGUUCAUGCAUCCUAAUAAUUCUCCAUGUGAAGCUACUCCAUGGAAGAAACGGUGCAUAAGGUGGCACAGGAACUUUGAUCAGGCCUGGCUUGCUUGUAUGAAAUCUCACCUUUCAAGGAUGAGACAAAGAAGCUGAUACGUUGCUUCCUCAAUGCAGCUGCAUCUGUUUGUGUUUUUGGUUUUUUCUGAGAAUGGGCUGGAGAGGAGGAUUUUAGAAUGUAGGGACUAGUAAUACAGUGGUACCUCGGGUUAAGUACUUAAUUCGUUCCGGAGGUCUGUUCUUAACCUGAAACUGUUCUUAACCUGAAGCACCACUUUAGCUAAUGGGGCCUCCUGCUGCCGCUGUGCCGCCGAAGCACAAUUUCUGUUCUCAUCCUGAAGCAAAGUUCUUAACCUGAAGCACUAUUUCUGGGUUAGCGGAGUCUGUAACCUGAAGUGUAUGUAACCUGAAGCGUAUGUAACCUGAGGUACCACUGUACUCCUGUAUUACUUUUCUUGCUUAUGCAUGACUUUAUGGACACUCUGUAUGAAGGAUUUUAGAGAGGUUGGGUGUAUUUUAGGAGGCCCUUGGAAAAACUGACUUGGCAUUAUAUGGUGUCAAGGUAUGACUCCUAAGUAUGUCCAGAGAAGAUGGGUAUGGUGCAUGGAAAUCUCCCCUCCCCAUGGACAAUUCCUGACCUCUAGCCACUCUUCUCUUUGAAUGCAAAACUGGCGGACUAAAAUUCGAGCUGUUCCUGGCAUAAUCCGAAGCAGUGGAAAAGCACAUCAAAACACAAGCAGCAAUCCUGUUUCACAGCAUACAGAAAAUGCCCUUAAAAUGUUUGUCAUAUUAUCUGCAUUAAGUAAUGUGGAAGGUCCGGAGAGCAUGGAUGAGAUCAAAGCACUGCUACCCACACAGGAAGGUAACAUUCGAGACAGAUGCAUUCCAGAAUUAAAAACAAGCACAUAGGUUUAGACUUGAGGGAGGAAAUGUGGUUCAGAACAUGUUCCACCUUCCACAUAGGCCAAGCUGUGAAGCAUUCUUAAAUAGACACAAAGGCAUUGUUUAGCUUGAAACAAGAGCUCACUGCACCUGUGAAAUAACUGUGCUGAAUGCCAGGGCAUCAGAUUUAUAUAUAUAUGGAGUUCUGCUAUGGCCACCAUAACGACAGAGAAGGGCAGAUUCUUUCCCUCCACCCUUACACACCUGUGCCUCAGAGCCCAUAUGCUUAUAGCUCAAGAGUGCCUAACCAACUCACUGAUUCAUCAUUAAACAAAAUCUCUUGUUUGCAAAGUUUAUGAUCUAACUGCAAAAGUAUUUAUGGAAAUGUAUUGCCAAAUAUCAUGUGAUAUAAAAUCUGCUGGAGGCAGGCGGAGCCUUUGGCCCGCCAGAUGCUGUUUCACUAUCCCCUGCCAGCAUGGUCAGUGGCCAAGAAUGAUGGGAUCUGAAGUCCAACAACAUCUGGAAUGCUACUGGGUCUCCAUCCCUGGUAUAAAUAUUCAGUUGUUGUAUAGAUUGUGGUCUUCUCUCUUCACAAGGUCAGACUUGAAAGCCUGGAUUUGCUAUAGUCAUUUCCAUCUAAUUUAGUAGGAUUGAGAAGACACCCUACUGAACUGUUUCCCCUUAGGAAUGUGUUCUUUAAGUCUGUUCCCAUGUUGAAUGUCUGGGCCUAAGAGAUCUGCUGUUCCUGCAAAUAUUGAUUCUUUCCCUCCCUUUCCUUACUUUUUGCUGACUGCAAGAGUUUUAGCAUGGUGUAAUGCUCUCUCUCUCUCUCUCUCUCUCUCUCUCUCUCUCACACACACACACACACACACUUUUAUAUGCAUUGUGUCAUCAUUCUGCAGUCAAAAUUUUGAGCAUUUUUAAUAACCUGAAUGAACAAAAAAGUCAAUGACAUAGUCAUCAAUUGUUCAUUGACUACAUACAAGGGCAUCUAUCAUUACUACAUGGCGAAGUAAUCCUUUGCUUUCCAGCAUAGCUUCAGCCUAGAUUAAUUAACAUUCAAUCAUUAUACCACCAUUACCUUGCAGCUGAUUGUUGUAUUAAUUAAAGUAUUUGCUUUGAAACCUUUAUGGCUGGUUCAUACACACAUACAUAGCACCUGGUUACUCAAAACUUGAUGAGUAUAUGAAUUGACUGUUGAAAAGCACUGGGUCACAGGAUGGACUGUCAACAGAUUAAAUAAUGUUUAGUUGAUUAAACAUAUGCAUUUGGGUGCAUGAAGCAUGCUUUCAAGAUGGUAGAUGUAAACCCAGCUGUCAGCUUGUUCAGAGACUUAGUAAGGGCAACAGGUCAGGCACCAGCGCAGCUUUCCAUGAGUUCUGUGCCUGAAGCCUAACACAGAAAAGUGCAUUUAGUCAUUGAUUACUGAUGUGGUAGAGAAGAUUUUUGGCACAACAGCUGUGCAGAAGCAGUCUAUAUGAACAAUAGAAUUUUUGAAUUUGAUCAUGCCGUUGAAAGUCCACAAACAUUAACUUCUUUUCUGCCAGUGUGAGGAGGGAGUUGUGUACUGUUUCGUAUCUUCCUGAGCGUUAGAGAUAUUAUUUAUGCCAAAACUGUAUGGCAAUAUUUUGUAUCUGGUUUUUUUUUUCUUGCCCCUAGAGAAUCAAAAUUUGUUGAUGACUUUGCUGACAAAAGUUCCUAUAAGCCAGCUGAACUUGCUUAUUUUCAAAAGUCAUUUAUUUUAAUCAAAGUUGAUUCACAUUUAUCGAUGGCUGUUGGUUCCUGGUUUCAGUUUGGGUCCAUCUUUGCCUUAUUCAUGGGUUUGUUUCUUCCUUGGACACUGUCUGCCCUCAAUUUAGCAUUUGGCUAGUAGAUUUCUAAUAAGCCCUUCAAAGUUCCCCUUUUUAAUCUCAUGCUAAAUUAUAAUUGGAUGAUUUUCCAACUGAACAUCAUGGUUGUAAUAAAAUCCAUCUGUUGCCCGUUAACAAGAAACCCUCUUUGUGGAGGAGUCUAGCUCAUUUAUUUUAUGGCUUUCCAGUUCUCUUGAGAAUGUUAAAAAAUAUGCACGUUGCUCAGGUUUAUUGCCUUUGAUAUAACCAAAUGAUGCUUAACACCACAAGUGGGCAAACAGAUUGAUCUAUUCUUGUUGCUGAACACAUGAACUUAUGAAACACCUUCAGAUGCAUUACAGAAAUCUAGCCUACUGAGGUCUAUUCCUGAAACUCUUCACAGCUUCAAAUCAAGGCAAAGCCCUACUGCUGUCCAUUUCCACCACCGUUAGAUGUGGAGGAAUUUGCAAAAAGUACCAGCACAUUGUCUUAGACCUAGGGUCAGGACUUUCAAGAGAGUUUGGUCUGUAUCCAUAAGGGACAACCUUAUGGAGUGGUUGUACCUGCACUGCAUAGGUAGAGACAGGUGGACUUUAUUGAGUCCCUUGAUGGCCCUUUCCUCUUACAUGACCCAGCUCUGGAGCACCUCUGGGAGUUACCUUCUUAUUCUGGGUAGGCCAUAAUUCAUGGGAGGCCUUGAACUGCUUAAAGAGCACCGUGUUGCUAGAUGUGAGCUUCAACCCAACCCCUGGUCACUGUUGCUCCUGAGGACCUGGGGGUGUUGUGGGAUGGUCCAGAGCUCUAAUGGCAUUCUGACAAGGCACUGAGGACCCUAGAAGUGGAGCCCUGCUCCACUCAAGAAGGAUCUCAUCUUGGAGAACAUUUUCUGGCUGUGCUUCAGGGGCUGUUGAUGCCUGAGGUACCCAUCUGUGCUAGGAACCACCAUUGGAUUCUACUCCUAUUCCUCUUUAGGGAAAGUUUCAUUUGGUCUGACAGUUUUAACUAGAAACUUUAGGAACUGAACCACCAGCCUACAUGCAAAUCAUGGUCUCAGCUGCUGUGCUUCUCCUCUCAUUAUGCCUUACUCACACAGUAACAGGCAGAUACUCUGUGCACCUGAACAUCAUUUCACAGAGACUUCAUACAAGCAAUGCGAUGCUUAUGUUCAAGCAAGAAGCCAUAGGAUCAGGUUGUAUGUAUCUUUUCUCAUCAGCUAUGGUGCUGUGAUCUCAAGCACAUAUAUGUUUGUAGUUUGUUUGGGGUGGAAAUUCCUAUUUUUGUAGGCACUCUUAAUAUUUUAUUUUCUAGAGGAGACACACAAUCUUGUUUGUGCAUUAGUGUGAAUGUGUACUGUGGGGAUGGAAUCUGAUCUGUCAUCCUGCUCCCCAUGCAUUCAAUUGCUUGCCAGAACAGGACCUGGUAGGCAUGGCUCUCUCUCCUCAAGGUUGGAAAUUAUGGGAAAGCGAAGAAGAAAGACCCCCUACACAUAAAGAGCUAUCUGCACAGGUUCUUCUGUGUGGUCAGUUGAAUGCAGGGAAAGGAAGAAAGUAUCAGGAAUAGGUUCAUGCCUGCCAUCUCGCUUCCCUCCUCCAGGUUUGAUAAAACAUGUGAAAUAGGCUAUGAUUAUGUUACCGGAUGGGGUGUGUGGGUAGAGCAAAUCUCAGAUGACUUGACGCAGGGUGUAAUCAAUGCACAAGGAAGUGAGAUGGCAGCAGAAUGCCCCGCCCCCUGACUACUCUGCAUGCAACAAACCUUGUACGCGUGUGCAAACUGUACAUCUGUGCAACCUGUUUUUGUUGUUGUUGUUUGCAAAUUCAUGGAGACAAAUGCAGUAAAACUGAGCCCCUAGUUUCAAAAAUAGCAUGCGACUUGGUGCAGCCAAGACCCUCCCUCAGAACCCUUAGUAGCAUCUGGCAGAGUGGCUGUGUUCCACAACUAAAGUAGCACAGUGUGUAGGCUUCCAGAUGGCUUUCCUCUGAGAACAUUGCAUUUCGAUUAGGGAACAGACACGACUUAUUUGAGGACAUUUGGACAGUUUAUUGAAGACAUUUGGAAAACUUUUAUUGAUGAUGAUCUCUCUCCCCCCCCCAUCUCUCUCUCACUCAUAUAUACUAUCAUACAGGUUGCUUCUUCUUAGGGAUUAUUUACACCUUAAAUACCCUUUUAACUUAAUUCAUAGGUCGCUUCCCAGACUGUCAGUAUUUUUCAGGAGGGAUUCAAGCACAUACUGGAAAUUUAGGCAUGCACAGUUACAAUGAAUUAACAUUGAACCAAUGGGGGGGGGAUAGAAUCCAGUUGUUGUUUCUGCAGUUAGGAAAGUGACAGGGAAAUGCAUCAAAGAAUGUGGGAUGCAUGAAUGAUUAAUGGGAAGACAUAUAAACACCAUACAAGCAAAUCAGAAUGAAUUUUCAUUGUUGUUUAGCCUCUAAGCAAGCAAAUCAGAAUGAAUAAUCAGUAUGACUGGGCAUCAUCUAACCACUGCACAAGCUUUGUGGAAGCAAAUCAUGAUGGAUGUUCAAUAAACAAGGUUGUCUGGAGAAGCCCAUAGUUAUUUCCUGAGAACUGCUGCUCUGUGAAGAGGCUGGGAGUGUAUCCAACUGAGGAGUCCCCGCACUUCACCUAGCUCCAAUUCACAGGAUUCUUUGGGGAGCGCAUGGCACUUAAGUGGGCAUAAAGCCCAUCUUAGUGUAGAUAAGUGAGCUGCUUUACAGUUUCUCUUGGGAUGGGAGUAAAUUGUGUGGAUAUUUUAAGGAUUAGAGAACUCUACGGCAUGAUUGUGGACAACCUGGGAGUUGCAGCCAUUUGCACAGAACAAGUGCUAGCAAUUAGUAAAAUACACAUUCGGAAACUCUGUAACAAAACCCAGCCGUGUGUCUUGCUUGCAGGAGGCAACCUGUAAUGUUCAUGUUUCCAAGGGGUUGAACUGUUGUUUUGUAUUUUAAGCCAUGCGAUCAGGAAAAAUAACAACAAUCUGCUGUUCUCGUGAAGGUCAAUAGAUAAUGGAGAGGUGCCUCUCAAGGACCCAGCUUCUCAAGGACAGCUGUGGUGCUUGGCUUGAUAUGCGUUGUGGGGCAGAAUUUAGCUGUGGUAUUAUGGGAGCCUUGGGGGCAAACGACAUCCAUUGGGUCACCUUAGCUUAGAAGGGGGGUGGGGAGGCAUGCAAACUGAAAAUUCUCAUUCCUUUGGAGGUCUGACCUUGUUGGUAUUCUUUGCAAAGCAAGAACAGUGGCACUAUUGAAACGGGGACCCUUUGAUAAUUUGCUCCCAGCAAUGCCUGAUCCUCCUCCUCCUCCUCCUCUUCUUCUUCUGAAAAUAAGUUUAUUAUUUUACACUGAUUUGCAUUAAGAUCAUAUAACAAUUUACAUUAAAAUCUAUUCAAUUUCCUUUCAACCUGACCUUGAUAUUGAGGAUGGUAUUUAAGAACACAUUAUCUUUCACUAGGAUGCAAAACUUUCUAUUUGCUUUCCAUUUGUAUUUUUGUAACAUUUUAAAAUGAACCAUUAGAGGUGUUUAAAGGGAAUAUUCUUCUUGCUCCAGCUUCCUCUUGUUGCAUGAAAGAGGCUGUUUCAUAUGUUGUGCCAAGGCGGAACCCUACAGCAUGCCUUUGCUCAGCCGAUCCUGGGUCAGUUGGUCUCUUGAGAAGUUAUAUCUAGCAUUUCACUGUUCAGCUCUGUGAUGCUUUAAGUAGGGACUAUAUUUGCUUCCCUAAGGGCACCCCACCCCAUGCCACAUAGCAAAAUGCUUUUGAAUCUCCCUGGUGUAUAAAACCCAUUUUAUUAUGAUGCAGGAUGUGUGGGCAGGAAGAGAGGAGUUGCUGUCAGGAAGAGAAAAAAUCAAAGCCCUUCUGCAUCCCUGGCGCUAACCAUGCACAUCUCCAGAUAGAGGCCAGUAUACUAGAAGCAUUCUAUUCUGUUUUGCUGAGCUUUGGCUCAUCGUGUCUUUUCUAUGAGGGAUCAGUAAUUCCAUUAUAAGGUUUGUGUGCACACGGAUCACAUUUGUUCUGGCAAAGUGUUUCCCAAACUUGGACUACAAUUCCCAUCAUCCCUGACCAUUGGUCUUGCUAGGGAUGAUGGGAGUUGUAGUCCAAAAGCAGCUGGAGACCCAAGUUUGGGAAACGCUGCUCUAGCAGCUCCAUGCAUUCACCUCGGGGAUCACUGGCACUAAUAAUAAUAAUAAUAAUUUAUUAUUUAUACCCCGCCCAUCUGGCAGGGGUUUCCCCAGCCACUCUGGGUGGCUUCCAACAGAACACUAAAAUACAAGAACCUAUUAAACAUUAAAAGCUUCCCUAAACAGGGAUGCCUUCAGAUGUCUUCUAAAAGUUUGGUAGUUAUUUUUCUCUUUGACAUCUGGUGGGAGGGCAUUCCACAGGGCGGAUGCCACUACCAAGAAGGCCUUCUGCCUGGUUCCCUGUAACUUGGCUUCUCACAGUGAGGGAACUGCCAGAAGGCCCUCGGCGCUGGACCUCAGUGUCCGGGCAGAACGAUGGAAGUAGAGACGCUCCUUCAGAAGCAACCCCCCAACCGGAUUUCAAAACCCAAAGCAACUUGCCACUCCUGGGAUGUAAGUAGAGACUCGGAGUGAGCACUCACAUUGUGGACUGGAGCCAGCCACAGGCCAGAUGUUGAGAAUGGAAGCCGGUGCUACAGAGGACACAUGCAGAGGCUGAAAGCAGCUGCCUCAUGUCUCCUCUUCCACACCCUUCCCACAGUACCAAGGCUAUACAUGUCUACUCAGAAGCAAAACCCAUUGAAUUCAAUGGGAUUUAUAGCUUAGCAUGUAUAAGACUGUAGCCUCUGGAACAGCGAGUAAAGCAAAUUCGAUAUAAUUGCAGUGCAGGUUUUUUAGGCACCCAAACACUUCAGUUGUUGAACACUUCCUGGGAGGGUGGGAGAGCACUGCAACACAAGUCUUUCAUAUUUCACAUUUUGAUUUGGCAGGAACAACAUAUGGGUUCUUGGCUUUGCCUUACAUCAUCCGUAGUGUCUAGUUCUACCAUAAAAUGCAUUGAUACGAUGAAUUUCAUUUGGCCUCUUUAUUCCCAUGCUAGAUCUCACUUACUUAGACAACUAAUAAUUUAGUAAUCUACUGCAACAUGAUUUUUUCCCCCUUUCAGGACAAAAAUGCUACAUUUUUAAGGACUAGCUGGAGAAAAAAAAUCAGACGAAACCCAAGUAAUGUUAAAACAGCCCAAGAAAAAAAGAGAGACAAAACUUAGUACGUUUUAAAUUAAAUAAACCUGGACCAGAAUUUUGUUUCCUGUUUUAAAGUGGCAUCCUCAAGAAGAAUUCCAUGCAAUGUUAUGGCUAUGUACAAUCUAAAUCUAAUGGAAUCUAAUGAUUGGAUUUAAGGGGGUGGAGAUGUGAAUCUCUCCUAAGAAGUGAAAUCCAUUGUGGUAGGAAUAGGUUAGCUAAACCCUGCUCACAUCCCGGUAAGCAGACAUAUAUUUUUGUAUUUUUUAUAGGUGGAUACAGUGCAGACUACGCAAUCCCCUGGCCACAUUGAGGAAUCGUGUAAAAUGAAUGUAUGUGCUCGUAAGUGAAAUAUUUAUGAAUGGAGCUCCAACUCUUAGUGUAUGUUGGAUCAUAAAAAAGACACAUGACCCCUGUUCGACAAUAUCACCCUAAAUUCGAUUCCCAAGAGGUGGGGUCGCUGCAGAGCUCAAAAGACAUUUAAAGCAAAAAACUCAUUAUUUUUUAAACUGACUUCUGAUUCAUUCUUAUUUUUUAAAAUAAUAAUAAUAAAAUAUAUAUGUGCAAAUGAUAAAAUAAAUUACCUCUUGGGAUUGUGGUGUUUUGGGAAGAACAUUCAAGAUUCAAGAGCUCCAAAGGGAUGUGAGAAAGGUUUUUGUAAGAUGGAGUGACCAGCCGUGGACAAACUGCAUCCCAUGCCAUCUUAUGUAGAACUAUGAAUUGGAGAGCGAGGCAUCUCUCCCCCUUCAUUCUGCCUCCAAGAAGACUGGAAUGCUGUCAAAGAAUCUCAUACAAUUAGUGCUUUAGUUAGUAACUGGGGAGGAUGGAGGUGAGUUUGAAAUGUGUGAAAGUAAGAAACAGCUGUGCUACGUAGGUAAACAAAAAAAUUCCUCAAGCAUGUGCUAGAUCAACAAAGAAAAUGGUGUCUAUACCUCAGAACAGAUUCUGAGAAAUCAGAAUAAAGCCCGUCAUUUAGAAACGUUGGUUGAGAAAGUAUGGAUUGGACCCUCUGGGUUUGCUGAGGAAGAUAUUCAAAGGCAAUGUAUGGGGGGAGAAAAGACAAAACAAUAACCCUGUUAAUUUCCCUGUCAGUAAAAUGGAAAAUCAAGUAUUUGUCUGCCAAAAUAUAUGUAUUUAAAAAUGUGUGACUGAGAAGUCAUGACUUAUUUAUGAAGUUAGGAAGGUUAUAGCUAUUGAAUAAUAAAAAAAGCCUUUCCCCAAUUGCAAAAGGAGAGGGUUUCGGUUUAAUUAAAAGGGGAUAUGCAUGAUGUGGGCACUCUCUUUGCAUUCCUGGUCCUUGUUAAGCUUAAUAUGUCAUAAAAAUUCAAAGACUAUAUAUAUAUAUUUUGUAGCCAAAAGAUUAAAGAUUAUAUUUGAACAUAUAUGAAAGUUAGAACUAUUGGUUUGUGAGAUGAUGGGGGGGGGGGGAGGCUGAUUAUCCUGUAUUCUAAUUGUCUCAUUCAAAUCAAACAUUUCCAUCAUCCAUGGGAGAAGCAGAGGUAUUUUAAAGUAUUAACUACCGUUUUGGGGGUUUUAUUUCCUGGCCUUUACUCGUUGGUUACCCAUAAGUCAUAAAUUUACCUUAUUCAGAUUGCUGGUUUAUAUCUGAUAUAUUUAUAUGAGGUUAUUACAUUGCAUUCAUUUUUUAAAAAAUUGUAUAUGUAUACAAUUACUUGACUUCACAAUAUGCCUUUUCUGAUACUCAAAACCCAGUGUAAAAGAUCACUCUUUUGGAGAAACCAUCUUGCCAAAGUUAAGGACUUUUAAGUCCUCUUGAUUUCAGUGGGAAUAAUUAAAAACAUGCACUUAACUUUCCCACUGAAAGCUGUGAAACUUAAAUGUUCUUAACUUUGACUUGAUUGUACCUGAUUGAUUGAUAUGCAUUUUUUUUCCUUUUGUAUUAAGUCACACAUGUUCUUUGCUAUUUUUUUAAAAAAGCUGGUGGUCUGUCCACUUAUGUUAAUCAUUCUCAGGUGGUGGAAUCUAUGAUACGGUAGAAGUUUUGACCUCUUUAUUGUAUUGAGAAUAUAUUAUCAAACUUCAAAGUCUGUAUACUUCUACUGUAUUGAUUUUUCUGUCAGCAAAAUCAAUAAGUAAAAUUAAAAUUUUUGAAAAUCUA